AUGAACUUAGUUUAUUUAAUCCUAAGCACAAUAUUUGUAAGCGUUGGCUUAGCAGCGCCGCUAAUUAAUCCUCGUGCAGGUGUUACGUUACCGAGUGAAGAUCCUUUCUAUAGUCCUCCUAGUGGCUACGAAAACGAAGAGUUAGGAGCUAUAUUGAGAGUUAGGCAACUUAACGAUUCUAUUGGAGUAAUCGAAUUUGAAUUAAAUGUCCAAGCAACUUAUCAAAUUCUUGUUCAUUCUCAGGAUUCACACAACCGGUCCAAUGCGAUUGUCGCAACCGUUUUUGUUCCAUAUAAUGCUGACCCUAAUAAGCUAGUGUCGUAUCAGAUGGCGGAGGAUACAGCUUCUCCCGACUGUGCACCAUCGUAUGCCAUGCAAUUAGACUCGGACAUUUUAAGUUGGAUUACGCCCCAGGUUGAAUUGUUACUUGUUGUACCAUUAUUACAAGAAGGAUACUACGUGGUAGUCCCAGAUCAUGAGGGUCCAAAAGCUACAUAUGUUGCGGGUUAUCAAGCAGGUCAUGCUGUAUUGAAUUCACUCCGAGGAGCAAUAAACUUAGGGACUGAAAUCGGUAUUAAUCAAAAUCCUGAAAUAGCAUUGUGGGGAUAUUCCGGUGGAGCACUUGCUACGGCCUGGACUGCAGCUUUGCAGCCUACUUACGCUCCAGAAUUAAAUGUCAUCGGAACUGCAAUGGGUGGUGUUCCCGUGGAUCUUGCAAGCACAGCAAAGCAUUGUAUGGGUAACUUAUUCUCAGGUUUCAUGUAUGCAGCAAUCCUUGGACUUAGCCACGAAUACCCAGAACUUGCUGAAGAAUUGCCAAGUUUAGUGGUCUCUGAUAGAUUUGAAUAUUUGAAGAAAGCUGAAGAAAAUUGUCUUGUUGAGACUCUCGCUUACUUCGCCUACUCGCAAUGGGGUCAAUAUAGUGUUGAUGGGGUUGGAAUAUUAGAUAAUCCAGUAGUAAAGGAUGUCAUCAAUCAAAAUAAUUUAUUGAAGAGUGGUUUACUUCCCGAUUGUCCUAUCCUCAUUUAUUCCAGUGAAAGCGAUGAAAUUAUUCCAAUUGAAGAUACAGAUAGCUUAUUUGAAUUGUAUUGUUCGAAUGGUGUAAACGUUGAGUACAGAAAAGACGUAUUUUCUGGUCAUAUUAUAACUGCAAUAGAUGGAGUUGGCUUGGCUUUCAAUUUUAUUAGGGAUAGGUUCAAUAAAGUUGAACUCUACCCUACUUGUCAAAAUUCCACCGUUGCAUUAGACGCAUUCAAUGAAGGAGGUCUCGUUGGUUUGGGAGACAUUCUUGUAGAUGAUGUUGAAUGGCUCUUCGGAGGCAAAAUAGGCCCUUCUUCGCCAUAUUCAAAUACUACUUCUUCAUCAUCAGGAUCGCCUGCGGGAUCUCUGGGACUCAUUGCAACCAUUGUCAAUUUUGCUCUGAAAUUCAUUUCAAACGCUAUAACUCCAGAUAAUGCAGAGAACUUGACAGAUCAAGAGAUUUAUGAUAUAUUGGGAGGUUACAUAACAACAGCCAUUGGGGUUGUGACUUCCGCAACCGAUUUUGUUUCAAGUAUUUUCGGCUUUGGAUCAAGUGACACCAGUUCAUCUACAACUUCGUCCAAUAGUACUGGUACUUCUCUGGGUGGAAGUUUACUUUCAACGUUAUUAUCUACAGGGGAAAGCUUAAUUUCUGGCCUCCUGGGCAAUUCGACGACUGAAGGCUCUGCUUCAUCCUCACUGGGAGGUGGAAUAUUAUCAUCCUUAUUAUCAUCAGGUACAAGUAUAUUGUCCAACUUACUCAGUAGCAAAUGA